AGUUUAUCGUCGUGAAAUACGAAGGAAGUAAACACGUAUUUGAGGUUUUCAUCGUUGUUUGCAGUGCCUGGCGUCUACUCCUUCUACAAAAACAGAUCCAUAACAGCAAGUUUGCACUAAUAUUUAAUUUUAAGUUCCUUAUAUUGCAGAAUAGUUUGAACUAUGCAAAACUACGCAGACGCUGUCAAGGACUUUGCCGAGAGACAUGCAACUUGUCUCACAGUUGUCUUUGCUGCAGGGGUAGGCAUGCUGGCCUUCCGCAGAUGGAUGGCAGGGGGAGUGUGUCGGAGCAAGGCCACGCUGGAUGGGAAAACAGUCCUCAUCACUGGAGCCAACACUGGCAUUGGGAAGGAGACGGCCCUGGACAUGGCCCAGAGAGGGGCCAGAGUGAUCCUGGCCUGCAGGGACAUGACCAAAGCCCGCAUCGCAGCAGAUGAGAUACGUCAGAAGAGUGGGAAUGGCAACGUGGUGGUAAAGAAGCUUGACCUGGCCUCACUGCAGUCUGUCAGACACCUGGCCAAAGACCUGGAGGAGAAUGAGGAGCACUUGGACAUCCUUAUCAACAAUGCAGGUAUUAUGAUGUGUCCUAAGUGGAAGACUGAAGAUGGCUUUGAAAUGCAAUUUGGUGUCAAUCACCUGGGACAUUUUCUUCUCACCAACUGUCUCCUUGACCUGCUGAAGAAAUCGACACCAAGUCGCAUUGUUAUUGUCUCCAGUCUGGCACACGAGAGAGGUCACAUACACUUUGAUGACAUUAACCUUGAUAAAGACUACAAACCUGAGAAGAGCUACCGGCAAAGCAAGCUAGCCAAUGUUCUCUUCUGCAGGGAACUGGCUGCAAGACUGAAAGGCACUGGCGUAACAGUGUACAGUCUUCAUCCUGGGGUCAUCCGCACAGAGUUAGGUCGCCAUCUAUUUACUAGCUUUCCUCUGUGGAAGAAGAUAAUAGCAAAGACCUUCAUGAUGCUGGUCAAAAAUCCCUGGGAAGGAGCCCAGACCACCAUCUACUGUGCUGUGGAUGAGAGCCUGGCAAACACUAGCGGCCUCUACUACAGCGACUGCGCCCCCAAAAAGCCAGCGCCACAGGCCCUGGAUGAUGCUGCAGCCAAGAAGCUGUGGGACCUCAGUGCUUCUAUGGUUGGUCUGUCUUAAGCGCAGCAGCCUGCCAUACCUGUGUCAGUGCUUCCUUUUUUUUUUUUUUUUUUGGCGAAUCAGCUUCCCUGAUUACAUGGGUUAAAAUAAAGUGCUAAUCUUUAUACUCUAAUAUAUGCAUGGGCUUUACAUUAAAGAUUUUUCACCUGCUCAAAUCUUAUAGGGUUUUCAGAACAACAUUUUACACUAUUUAAACCCGUCAGCAUGCACUUAUUAAACUCAUGUGUUGUUUACUCUUUAUAUAUACUCUGUAUACUUUGCAUACAGUGUAUACUUGUGCAAUACAGCUAUAUCAUUAUGAAAACAAGGUAAUAUUUACUUAUUAAUCUGCCAUUUGGGCUAAUUGGUUGUCAUUUUAACAUGUCAUACACUAUAGUAUUCAUUCUUCUGCCUUCACAUGCAUAUGAACUUGAGUGACAUCCCAUUCUUAAUCCACAGGGUUUAAUAUAAUGUUGGCCCACCCUUUGCAGCUAUAGCAGCUUCAACUCUUCUGGAAAGGCUUUCCAAAAGAUUUAGAUUGUGUUUAUGGGAACUUCUGGCCAUUCUUCCAGAAGCACAUUUGUCAGGUCAGACACUGAUGUUGGACGAGAAGGUCUGGCUCUCAGUCUCCACUCUAAUUCAUCCCAAAGGUGUUCUGUCAGGCUGAGGUCAGGACUCUGUGCAGACCAGUCAAGUUCUUCCAUACCAAACAUGUUUUUUCAUGUCUUUAUGAACCGUGCUUUGUGCACUGGUGUGCAGUCAUGUUUGAACAGGAAGGUGCCAUCCCCAAACUGUUGGUGUACAAUGUAAAUAACAUUGUACACCACAAAGCAUGAAAUUGUCCAAAAUAUCUUGGUAUGCUGAAGCUCCUUAGUUCCUUUCACUGGAACUAAGGAGCUGAGCCCAACUCCUGAAAAAGAGCCGCGCAACAUAGC